AUGCCGUGGCAAAAGAUUGAUCACAGCUUCACGCAUACUCAGCUGGACUACGAUGCUGAGCCCAAUCUUCAGCCGUGCAUCAAGGUCUCCGUAUUCUUCAGGAAGAUUGACUCCAUCGACUACGACACGUUCUUUGGUCACUGGAGCACGGUGCACGCUGAUCUCGCUGUGGCCACGCAAGCUUUUCGUCAACACAUUGUACGAUACGCACAGCAUCACCAGACGCCGGAGAUGAAGGAGAGAGCUCGAAGCCUGGGAGAAAGGCUUCUGGACUAUGAUGGGUGUGCGCAGCUAUGGGUUAGGACUUGGAAUGACUGGCUGGCCUUCUACAAUAGCAAGGAGUAUGCUGCAGCCUUGAGCGACGACUGCAACAGAUUCAUGGCGCUCCCCAUGACGUACAUGGUCGGUUACGAAAACCUCGUCGUCGGUGAUGCUUCAAAGGCCACGGGUGGCAAGGACGGCAUGGACAUUACGUUGUUGAAGGUUUAG